GCUUACUGGAAUGCAGCUGACUUAUGUUCAUUUGUCGGCAUCACUUGCAACGAGUGAACGUGACGAAACUUUUCCUCGGGCGUACCGUAAACAGACCACUCCUCUGUAUUGCUCAUCCUAUUCCACACUAUCCAGUCCAUGCUCGCUUCACAUCUCGAACAGUCCCAGAAGAUGCGGCGGCCACGGAGCAGGCUGGGACCGCUGCCGCUGCCGACACCUCACUCAACACAACGCGUUUUACCGUGUCACACGGAGAGGCUGCAUCGGCAUCCACGUCUAACGAGGCCGUACGGCCGACGGCGACUUCACGCGUGCCGUCUUCCCAGGGUACCCUCCCCUCAACCCUUACGAGUAUGAAGGCGGAGGACAUAAUGCAAAAACUCACUUUUGCGGCUAAGAGAAACGAACAGAAGGUCGCGAAUCAAACUGUGCGACAGCUCUUGAGGACGUCCAAGCGCAGGACACAACAGAACCGUGACGACAUAGCCGUGCAUAUACUAGGUCUUACGAAACAUCGGGAGCUGUUCGAAGUCAAGACCAUCCAAGCCGUCCUUACAGACCUCCAGGAACGUGAUACCCUGUCGAAAAUGCCCACCGGUGUCCUCGCUAUUGCUCUCGCCUCUACACUCGAGCAGGCGACCGUAGACGGCAACGCAGACGAAGUCUCCAUUUACACUAUGAUCUCUCCCGUAUUGCUAUCUUCGCUGGCGUCUCGACGACCUGCAAUAUACAAAGAUCCAUCACACAAGAUAUCGCACAUGCAAACACUCUGGGCUCUCUUCAAGAUUAUCCGUAGACUAAUACACCUCGAGCAGUACAAAGCUGUUAUGCCUAUAUUCGACGAGCUCGUCAAAUCUGGGGCGAUACCCGCAAAGGCCAUGGUCGGCCUUCCUUCAAGCGGCUUCGCGCAUAUAGUCCUCACGGUCCUUCUCCGCUGCUGCAUAGACUUUGGCUGGCGCUCGCGCGCCGCAUACAUCCUGCUCGAGACGCCACAAUGGGACCAAGCCCGCUCGCCUAUGUUCAACCGGGUCCUCGACGAAGUGGUUGACUUUGUGCUGGACUCAGAGGAAGAGCCGAAUACACCAGGCCUCGCAGCGGCGCUUAUGGUGCGCAUCGCGAACAACCCGGAAGUUAUUACGCUUCCCGACCAUGUCGUCGUGCGGUUUUAUGAGGUCUUGCGCAAACACAGGCUCAGAGAGCAGGCACUGGCUUUCUACCGCGUUACUCGUGCUCCCGCCAUCCUCGAGAAGUUUAGGUAUCCGCCGCCAAAAGGCGACAGUUUCAUGUGGCUCUUCCGUUUCGCCGCGGGAGAGCGACAAAUCCAUGUAGCGCGUCUGCUGGUGAAAGACCUAGUUGACGAAGACAUCAAAAUUCCCCAGCUAGCGCGUUCGUUCGUGGUCUCCGAGGCAGCAGUUCGCGGGUUCAUGGGUUACGCGCGAACCCUCUGGGAGCGAUGGAAGAAAGAUGUGUUCGUCGUCGGAGACGGCGGCACCGCCCUAAGACUCGUUAGCAUUACUCGUAACCGCAUCUCUGCCCUCGAGCACAAGGCGCGCACCCAGGAACGCCAAAUGAAGCCACCCAGCAAGGUCGCGCUUGGCGAAUCCGACGGAGAUACGAACGAAGCUUCGGAGCCGCUGCAAGCGGAUCUCGAUCUUGCCCAAGACGUCACUUUGAGUACCGUCGAAGCUGUACCCGACUCCCCCGCUGCCCGAAGCCCAGCUGAUGCCCCGGAAGAAGAACACAGUAGUCUGUCCUAUGAGGAACGCAUCGCGGAUUACCGAACAUUUGCCGAAGACGUCGUGAAGACGUUCAGAGGAAUUCAUGAGCCACUCGAGCGCGCACCUCACAAGACCUUGAAUGCGUUGGCGCGAGUCUAUAUCAUGAUGGACGAUGUCGAGGAAGGGUUCGCGAUGCUCAAAAUUAUUAUACAGCGUGGACAGGUGCCGGACGUGCGGGACGUGAAUGUCGCGUUGUCAGCGUUGUCGAGCCAGAAUCCCCGCGCCGCGUCCCGGAUACUCGAGCGAAUGAUCAGGCUGGGCAUCGAGCCCAGCGUCGUGUCGUUCGGGACGGUCAUCCAUCACGCCCUCCUGAAGGACGACAUGACCCUUGUUUCCGCUCUGAUCACUCGAUCACGGCAAGUUGGGAUCGCCCAGCUCGAUUACAAGACGAUCGGUACCCUCAUCCGCUCAGCAAUUUCGGUACCUUACGAUGAGAAAUCUCCCAACCGCCAGCAGCUUCGGAAGGUCGAGGACCUGGUAUAUUCACUCACCGACGCGGGCUACGCGGUGUCACCCGCCAUUGCCACGGAUUGUAUCCACACCGCCUUACGUGCUGACAAGCCCGUAACGGCGUUCGAGUUCUGGCAGCUCCUCGUCGACGGCAAAGUCGAGCAUACGGACAAACAGCAGGUGGCCCUCCGGACCCGCAUAGCCCGCAACCUUGUGCGACAUGUCAGGGCAGGUGUCCUACGAGAAGCGUCUUCGCGCUCUAUGAUCUGGGAGCUCGGCCUACGGCCCUCGAGCAACGGCAGGAUGAGCUGGCUCGAAGAAGAGGGCACGGAGCAGGAACAGUCAUAGGCAGCGGAAGAGGGAGGGACUCGCCUAAAGGCUCCGGACGCUGGUGAUCACCGGGGAAGCUCUUUCUGCGUCCGGAACGUUGAUGCUGAAGCAGGAUGCGGCCUUCACGAGGCCUGCAGCAGCGGCUGGCCAGUGCAGCGACACGGUCAUGGGAUGCAGGAGCGACGCUCUGUGUCCGUCGCUCGCGCGCGAUCGGGAGCGAGUCUUGGUCAUUGGGCAGGCUCGCUCAUCAAAUUCGGGUGCAGUUGUGGUCGCUGCUGGAAGGUGUGUGUAGAAUGCGGGGGCGCUGGUUGCGGGGGCAGCAAGCUUUGUUCACGUGGUGGAAACCUUUCUUUUCUUCCAGAACGACCGCGGUGGGCGGUAUGUAGGCUGGGGAGUGGAGCUAUGCACAUGGGCUGGGACGGGUGGCGGCUUGGACUGUCGUCUGUCCGCCUCGCGAGGGCCGGGGUGCAGCGGUGGCGGUAGCGAUACGAUACUGUAACUGGCUGGCUGGGACGAUGUCCUCUGGCCGAUAAUCUCACUCGUCUGGACACGGACUGCGUGACCAUCAGGGAUUUGAUUCAGUGUUGAACGUUGAUCAGGCUCGGUA